AUGGCGGGAGGGGCACUGCUUCCUGUUGCCUUGCUGGUGUGCCUUGCGCUGGCCGGCGGCGCGGAUGCUGCCCGGAAGCCGGUCGGUUUCUACGAGCUCAAGAACAAGAAGGGGGACUUCUCCAUCAAGGUCACAAACUGGGGAGCCACCCUCGUCUCUGUCUUUGUCCCUGACUGCAAAGGAGACGUGGCCGAUGUUAUCCUUGGGUACGAUACCAUCGCCGAAUACGUUAAUGGCACUCAAGCAUUCGGAUCGACUGUUGGGCGCGUGGCCAACAGAAUCUUCAAGUCCCGCUUCGUGCUCGACGGGAAAGCCUACCGUCUCUUCCCUAACGACGGCAACAACUCCAUCCACGGCGGCCACAGGGGUUUCGGCAAGGUCAUUUGGACGGUGAAAGAGUACGUGAGCGGUGGCGACUCCCCGUACAUCACCUUCUUCUACCACAGCUUCGACGGAGAGCAAGGGUUCCCGGGCGACCUGGACGUGUACACCACGUACCGGCUCUCCAGCCCGUACGAGCUGAGCAUCAGCAUGAACGCGACGGCCACGACCAAGGCGACGCCGGUGAACCUCGCGAACCACGCGUACUGGAACCUCGCUGGCCAUGACAGCGGCGACGUCCUCCAGCAGGAGCUCCAGAUCCUCGCGUCGAGCUACACGACCGUCGACGCCAUGAUCCCGACGGGCCAGAUCGAGCCCGUGGCCGGCACCAUCUACGACUUCCUGCAGCCGACGCCCGUCGGCGAGCACAUGGACAUCGUCCCGGGCGGCGGCGGCGGGUACGACCUCAACUUCGUCGUGAACGGGGAGCAGGACGCGUUCCGGCAGGUGGCGCGCGUCGAGGACCCCAAGUCCGGCCGGGGCAUGGAGGUGUGGGCUAACCAGCCCGGCGUGCAGCUCUACACCUCCAACUGGGUCAUCAACGAGAAGGGGAAAAACGGCAAGGUUUACGGGCAGUACGGCGCGCUCUGCCUGGAGACGCAGGCAUACCCUGACGCCGUCAACCACCCCGAGUUCCCGUCGUCGAUCGUCAGGCCCGGCCAGGUGUACAAGCACGACAUGGCCAUCAAGUUCUACCAGGACGCAUGA